AAUGAGGAUUCAAAAUUUUCAUUAAAUUUAUUCAAUUCGACAUCAACACUCGAUAACGACGGCAUGGCAAUUAUCGACGAUGGUUUUAUUGUCGAUGCGAAUCCUCCUAAAAUAGCAUUUCCAAAAAUGCCAAAUUUAUGCAGCGAUUGUGUUUGUGGUAUUGGAAGAAAAACGAGGAUUGUCGGUGGUACAACAGCAACAAUUGGUGAAUUUCCAUGGAUGGUUGGUAUAACAAUACGUGGAAAAUUUCAUUGUGGAGGUAGUUUGAUCACUCGUCGCCAUGUUUUGACUGCAGCGCACUGCUUAGAAGGAUAUGAUGAAAGACACUUUGAAAUUUAUAUCGGUAAUCAAGAUUUUGAUAAACCAAGCCCAGAUGCCAUACGCCGACGUGUUAAAUCUUGGACUUUUCAUAAAGAUUUUAAUACUUAUAAUUUAAAUAAUGACAUUGGUGUUAUUGAAUUAGAUCGUGCUGUUUCAUUAGAGAGCUCUAUACGUACUGCAUGUUUACCUGAAAAUCGUGCCAUUGAUUAUACAGGAUCAUUAGCAACAGCCAUUGGAUGGGGACGCACAUCAGAAGGUGGGGACGUUAGUUCGACAUUGCGUAAAGUUAAAGUCCCUGUUUUAUCCGACGAAGAAUGUGAUGAAGCCGGUUAUCAAAAAACCCGACGCACUGAUAACAUGUUCUGUGCUGGUUAUCUUGAAGGCCAGCGUGACGCUUGUUCUGGCGAUAGUGGCGGACCUCUAUUAGUCAAAGGUCCUUAUGGACAUCUGGAAGUAAUAGGAAUAACAUCAUUCGGGCGAGGAUGUGCGAGACCGAGAUAUCCAGGUGUCUAUACCAAGUUAACAAAUUAUUUGGGAUGGUUACGUGACCAUUUAAAAGGAGAAUGUAUUUGCCCACCUAUAAUGGUGAUAGAUAAAAAUAUAUUAAUUAUUGUAUUUAUUGUUUUAAUUAAUAAUUGUAAUUCUUGGUCGAAAAGUACAAGUUUAAGUGAUGAUUACAAUAAUCGUACGGGAAAAUUUCUUUUCGAUGAAAUUUUCGGUAUUGACGUAACUGCUGGUGAUAGUAUCGAAAGUGAUGAAGGACAAACUAAAAAUUGUAGCUGUGAAUGUGGAGUACAGAAUCAAGAAAUUCGUAUAGUAGGUGGUAAACCUACAGUACCUCAUCGUUACCCAUGGGUUGCGAGACUUGUUUAUGAAGGACGUUUUCACUGUGGUGCUAGUUUAUUAACUACUGAAUAUGUAUUGACGGCUGCUCAUUGUCUUCGCAGAUUAAAAAGAUCAAAAUUACGAAUCAUUCUUGGUGAUCACGAUCAACACACAACAACAGAUGCACCUGCAGUUAUGAGAGCCGUUGCUGCGAUAAUACGCCAUCGUAAUUUUGACAUUAAUUCAUACAAUCACGAUGUGGCAUUAUUGAAAAUGAGGAAACCUGUUGUUUUUUCGAAAACAAUACGACCAAUUUGUUUGCCUCAGCCAGGAUCUGAUCCAGCAGGCAAAGAUGGCACUGUCGUAGGCUGGGGGCGUACGAUGGAAGGGGGAAUGUUACCUGGAGUUGUUCAUGAAGUUAAAGUACCGAUUUUAACUCUCGAUCAAUGCCGUAAAAUGAAAUAUAAAGCUAAUAGAAUUACUGGUUAUAUGCUUUGUGCCGGUAAAGGUAGUCAAGAUUCAUGUCAAGGUGAUUCUGGUGGUCCACUACUUGUACAAGAGGGCGAUAAAGUUGAAAUUGCUGGAAUAGUUUCAUGGGGGGUCGGCUGUGGAAGACCAGGAUACCCUGGAGUAUAUACACGAGUAGCUAAAUAUUUGAACUGGAUAAAUACAAAUAUGGACGACUCUUGUUUAUGCAACAAAGUUACUAAUUAUUAUUUUUUUAUUUUUAAUUGUGUCUUAAUUAUUAUCAUGAAAAAAAUUAUUAUUUUUUUUUGUGUUAUUGCUUUUGUUAAUUGUUAUGAGAAAAAAAAUCUAAUUACUGAUGUUGUAAGAAAUUUUUUUGGAAUAUUUGGUAAUAAACCACCGAAUGCAACUCAGUCCCCUGGACCUUGUUAUUGUAGUUGUGGACUAAGAAAUGAAGAGAGCCGUAUUGUUGGUGGACAAACAACACGAAUUAAUGAAUUUCCAUGGAUGGUCAGAUUGUCUUAUUUAAACAAAUUUUACUGUGGAGGUACAUUAAUUAAUGAUCGUUAUGUAUUGACUGCUGCACACUGUGUUAGAGGUCUUAUUUUUAGAUUUAUGUGGUUUAUGAUAAAAGUGACAUUUGGUGAACACGAUCGAUGUGACGAAAAAAAUAAACCAGAGACACGUUUUGUUGUUCGUGUAACAACAGGAGAUUUUAGUUUUCUUAAUUUUGAUAAUGAUAUCGCAUUACUAAAGCUCAAUGAUCGUGUACCACUUACUGAUACAAUACGACCUAUUUGCCUCCCUACAGUAAAAGAUAAUGACUACGUAGGAACAAAAGCAAUUGCUGCUGGCUGGGGUACAUUACAUGAAGAUGGUAAACCGUCAUGUUUAUUACAAGAAGUUGAGGUACCAGUUAUGAGUUUAAAAGAUUGCCGUAACUCAAGUUACAGUCCACGUAUGAUAUCAGAUAAUAUGAUGUGCGCUGGUUAUCCAGACGGUAAAAAAGACUCUUGUCAAGGUGACAGUGGGGGCCCAUUGAUUGCCGAGAGACAGGACAAAAAAUAUGAAGUAAUUGGUGUCGUGUCGUGGGGCAAUGGCUGUGCACGUCCUGGUUACCCAGGUGUUUACACCCGAUUAACGCGUUAUCUUGAUUGGGUGCUUACUAAUUCACGCGACGGUUGUUUUUGUGAGACUUGAGCACUGACAAUAUUUUAUAACUAGUUUUAGCUACUGAAUAUUAUUAUUAUGUGACAUCACUAAUAUUAGAUUGUCAAAUUAAGUUUAUUAAUAAAACAAAAGUUUUUUUAUUAUAGUCAUUAUUAUUUUUAUUGUAAUAAUUAUUGUUAAGAUUAAUUAGUAAUUUUGUUUUAAUUGGUUGAAAAUUCAUUGACAAUAGUAAUUAUAUGAUAUAUAUUUUUUUGCUUAAACAAUAAAAAUAUAUGCAUCAUUU